UCGCCACACGUCUGACACUGCGAUUCCACCAUGUCGGCCGGAGCGCAAGUGGUGCAGUUGGCGUGUCUGGCGCAGUGCUUGUUCUGCGGGUCGUACUUUCUGCCGGUGGUGGCCUCGUACGCCCCGGCUGCCUUCCGCGGCAAGGGCAAGCGCAAGGCCGAGGAGGCACACGUUGCGGAGAUCCACACCAACCGAUGCGCCCGGAGCAUGUACGACGAGAUCCAGUGUCCGAUGUGUGCAUCAAUGGCAAGUCAUGGUAUGUCCUAUCUCGAGUGGCUCGACUCGCGCGAGCCGUCGACCGAUGUCAUUGUCCGCUUCCCGCGCUUUGGCCACCCGCCGCCGGGCAUGGAUGCUGCCGACACGCUGCCGCUGUACGCAAACAAGGCCCGUUGUAAUGUCAAGCCCAAGUUCAAGCUUGUCGAGGGCAUCGGGCCGGAAGCGAUUGAGCUCGAUCGCUCGCGAUCCAACACAGUCUUCGCAAAGUCGACGCUCGCCGGCUGCGGCGUCGACAUCGGGCCCGAUGCCUUUUACCAACUCGAGCCCGGCACCCACUUUUACACACGACCGAUCAUCGAGAGAAUCAUGGCUGCAGUGAGAGUCGGAAUGGACGAGGUUGCCGAGGCCGGCGGCGACGUCGCUGGCUACUUUGACCACGCCGCCGCAGCGCUCUUUCAAUACGCCCCCAUCUUUGGCCAAUGGGACGAGGUCUCGCCCAUUCUCGACGAUCUUGUGGCGCCCUGA